AGCGCGGAGGCGGCUCUGGUUCCUGCCGCCGCUGCUCUUCAUCCCCCCAGAAACCUGCCGGCUCCCGGCUCCCGGCUUCCCGCUCCUCCCUCCCCGGCCCAGCCAUGGGCCUCACGGUGUCCGCGCUCUUCUCGCGGAUCUUCGGGAAGAAGCAGAUGCGGAUCCUCAUGGUCGGCUUGGAUGCCGCAGGCAAGACCACAAUCCUCUACAAACUGAAGCUGGGCGAGAUUGUCACUACUAUCCCCACCAUAGGCUUCAACGUGGAGACAGUGGAAUAUAAGAACAUUUGUUUCACCGUCUGGGAUGUGGGAGGCCAGGACAAGAUUCGGCCUCUCUGGAGACACUACUUCCAAAACACUCAGGGUCUUAUCUUUGUAGUGGAUAGCAAUGACCGAGAACGGGUCCAAGAAUCUGCUGAUGAGCUUCAGAAGAUGGUGAGUACCAGAUGGGCUGUGGAAAACAUUGGACAAUGAGCCCUCUCUCAUGAG